UAAAUUCUCAGUCUAAAAAUGGCAGCCGUACACAGACGAAUAAGGCGUUAUAGACGCUAUCGCAGGGCACUGCCAGCUCCUCGGGUGUUCCGUGACAGAAUGGAUCCCCUCGCCUUGGAUGAUAAUGAAUUAUUUGAGAGGUACCGGUUCCGAAGGGCAUCAAUUCUUUUCAUUCAUGACGAAAUUAGAGGAAAUUUGGAACGGAAUACACACCGGAACAUGGCCCUCUCGCCAAUUCUCUCUAUCUUACUUUGCUUACGAUUUCUGGCCACCGGGGCAACACAUCUUCUUAUAGGAGACAGUCUAAAUAUUUCAAGAAAUGCUGCAGGGAGGGAAAUUCGGGCUGUAACCUCUUUGAUCAUCCGUGUUUUCUUAAGAUUCAUCGCCUUUCCCGUUGGAGAAGUUGCCUACAGAGUAAUGGAGGGUUUUAGACGAAUUGCAGGUUUCCCCCAAGUACUCGGAUGCGUGGACGGCACUUUUAUCAAAAUUACGAUGCCAUCUGAAAACGAGGUGGACUGGAAAGUUACGAAAGUAUUACACAAUCUCAUGUAA